GUAGGCUUCGAGGUCAAGCUAAGUGACUGCAUGUGAGUCAGUGUGAUAUUUGUGUCGUUGUGGUAGAUCUCUACUUCGGUGUGUGACGAGUUGCUGUAAAAUCAAGACUAUAACUUGAAGACUAAUAUUUGAAAAUGCAGGAUCCCAAUGCAGACACCGAGUGGAAUGAUAUUUUACGCUCCAAAGGAAUAAUACCACCAAAAGAAGCAGAAGUCACAGAAGAUGAAGUUGUGAAUUUAGUAGAAGAAGCAAUCCAAAACAAAACAAAUCCUGUGAAAUCUUAUGAUGAUAUGACAUUGGAUGAAUUAGCUGAAUUUGAAGACGAAGAAGAUGAAAGAAUUUUAGAAGAAUACAGGCGACAGAGAAUGGCUGAAAUGAAAGCAUUUCAAAUGAAUGCUGUUUAUGGUGAUGUUAGAGAGAUUAGUGCACAGGAUUAUGUGGAUCAAGUAAAUAAAGCCGGUGAUGGAGUUUAUGUCAUUCUGCAUUUAUACAAGUCAGGGAUUCCUCUUUGUUCACUCAUAAAUGACUAUCUAAUUCAACUUGCAAGUAAGUUUCCAACAGUCAAGUUUUUAAAGAGCAUCUCAACUAAUUGUAUACCCAACUAUCCAGACAAGAAUUUACCAACCAUAUUUGUCUACCUCAAUGGUGAUAUGAAAACACAGUGGGUUGGACCAUUUGAAUUUGGUGGAAUUAAUUUGACUAUAGAUGAAUUGGAAUGGAAACUAUCAGAAGCUGGAGCUGUGAAGUCAUCUUUAGAAAGUGAACCCAAACCACAGACACGAUCUACAUUCUCAGUUCAGAACAAAACAAAUGAAUCUGAUGAAUCUGAUGAUGAUUGGUAGACCCCCCCCCCUAAGAUUCUGCUGCCCUCGUCUGACAAUUUGUUUGUCUGUCACUUUCUGCAUGCUUGCGUCCAUAUCAUAAUAGAUGCAUAUAAGUCACACUUGACUUCAAAAUUGUGGUUUGAUUAUGUUCAUAAAAAGAAAAUAUUAGAUUACAUUCUAAAGUAAAAGUCAAAUUAAUGAAACAUUUAACAAAAAAGUUUAGUUUUUUGUCAACAUGUGUCACUUGAAAACCAUCACCUGCUUGUGAACUGUGUGAAAUGGAAAAAUGUUUAUUGCAAAUUCUGCUGUUUUCUGUUGAUCAAAAUCAAUUGAGAGAGAUAGUAUUUCUUUAAUGCAUGUGUAUCACAUUUGCUCUAUUAGAAGCUUAUCUCCAAUAGAAGCACACUUGAACCAAAAAUUGUUGUAUAGUGGAUCUGUAAAUUAUUUUGACCAUAGACACACAUGGCCUGCUGACACUGGUGUUUACCAUUAAUUUUGGCCAUCCUUGAAGGCUUUCUGCUGCCGAUGUGUUAACUAACAGAAACGCAUACAUUACUAAUAAAGCAAAUUUCAUACUCAUUAAAUGUUCAACAUUGAACUCAGAUCUUGUUGCAGUAUUCAAUAAUCUUAAUACAAAAAAAAAAAACCACACCAUUUUUCAAACUUCCCUGUUAAGAGACACAAACUGAAACCUUUGUUUUUUAGUCUUACAUAGAUAUGCUAAUUUGCCAGCAUUCCUAUAGACUUAUUACAUUUUGUGCAGAUAUAGACUGUAAGAAAUUCCAUGUUUUCUUUCAAAUCACCUGUUGUUUAGAAAGUUACACAGCACUCACUGGAUCUAAUCCUCUUGAAGCAUUGUUUUUUUACUGCGAUCACAAGGUUUCAAAUUCACUGAUAUUCCAGUAAAACUAUCUGUGCUUUUAUAAUUUUGCUGAAAUUCAGAAAUACCAGAAAAAAUAGCAAAAUUAAAAACAAAGUGAAUAAGUAAAAUAAUUACAGUAAACAUAUAUUCUGACAUUGCACAUUUUAUUAUGAAUGCAACUAUAGGAACUCUGCGUAAAAACGACA